GGCACACGGCGCUACUGCCGAGCGCAGCGCCCACCCGCGCGAUGGCUCAGGCCGCCGGCCCGGCUGGCAGCGGGGAGCCGCGGGCUGAGGCGGUGGGCGGCGAGGGGCUGCGGGAGCCCCGGGCAGCCGGCGGCGAUGCCGGGGGCUCGCAGGACGCACUGAGCCUGGAGGAGAUCCUGCGGCUCUACAACCAGCCCAUCAACGAGGAGCAGGCGUGGGCCGUGUGCUACCAGUGCUGCGGCUCCCUGCGCGCCGCCGCCCGCCGCCGCCAGCCCGGCUGCCGCGUGCGCUCGGCUGCGCAGAUCCGCGUCUGGAGGGACGGCGCAGUCACCCUGGCGCCCGCGGCCGACGACGCGGGAGAGCCGCCUCCCGUUGCGGGUAAAUUGGGAUAUUCACAAUGUACAGAAACAGAGGUCAUUGAAUCUUUGGGAAUUAUUAUUUAUAAAGCACUGGACUAUGGUUUGAAGGAGAAUGAAGAAAGGGAAUUAAGCCCUCCCCUCGAGCAGCUCAUCGAUCACAUGGCCAACACGGUAGAAGCUGAUGGGAGCAAUGAUGAGGGCUAUGAGGCUGCAGAAGAAGGCCUGGAAGAUGAAGAAGAUGAAAAGAGAAAAAUCUCAGCUAUUCGGUCAUAUAGAGAUGUCAUGAAGUUGUGUGCUGCUCAUCUCCCUACUGAAUCAGACGCACCAAAUCAUUAUCAGGCAGUAUGCCGCGCCCUGUUUGCAGAAACAAUGGAGCUCCAUACAUUUCUGACCAAAAUUAAGAGUGCAAAGGAGAAUCUUAAGAAGAUUCAAGAAAUGGAAAAGAGUGAUGAAUCUAGCACAGACCUGGAAGAGCUGAAAAAUGCUGACUGGGCACGAUUCUGGGUACAGGUGAUGAGGGAUUUGAGGAAUGGGGUAAAACUUAAGAAGGUCCAAGAACGGCAGUACAAUCCGUUGCCCAUUGAAUAUCAGCUCACCCCUUAUGAGAUGCUAAUGGAUGACAUUCGCUGCAAAAGAUAUACUUUGCGAAAAGUGAUGGUGAAUGGUGAUAUUCCCCCUCGGUUAAAAAAGAGUGCUCAUGAAAUCAUCCUCGACUUCAUCAGAUCCAGACCUCCUUUAAAUCCAGCCUCAGCCAGAAAACUGAAACCAACCCCACCACGGCCACGCAGCCUCCAUGAAAGAAUAUUAGAAGAAAUUAAAGCAGAAAGAAAGCUGCGGCCUGUCUCACCAGAGGAGAUUAGACGUAGCAGAUUAGAUGUAACUACCCCUGAAACUACGAAGAAUCUUGUGGAGCCAUCUGUGGUAAAUGGAGGUUUGACAUCACAAACAAAAGAAAAUGGGUUAAGUACCGAUCAACAGGUGCCUGCACAGCGGAAGAAGCUCCUCAAAGCCCCAACUCUGGCCGAACUGGACAGCUCUGAGUCUGAGGAGGAAACCCUGCACAAGUCGACCAGCAGCAGCAGCGUGUCUCCCUCUUUCCCUGAAGAUCCAGUCCUGGAGGCCAUGUCCACGAGGAAGAAGCCUCCAAAGUUCCUGCCCAUAUCAUCAACACCCCAGCCAGAGAGACGGCAGCCACCCCAGAGACGACAUUCCAUUGAAAAGGAAACGCCUACUAACGUGAGGCAGUUCCUGCCUCCUUCCAGGCAGAGUUCCCGCUCUCUUGAGGAAUUCUGCUACCCAGUGGAAUGUCUCGCUCUUACUGUGGAAGAAGUGAUGCAUAUUCGCCAGGUCCUGGUGAAGGCAGAGCUGGAAAAAUACCAACAGUAUAAAGACAUCUACACCGCCUUGAAAAAAGGAAAGCUCUGCUUUUGUUGCCGAACCAGGAGGUUUUCCUUCUUCACUUGGUCCUAUACUUGUCAGUUCUGUAAGAGGCCAGUGUGCUCACAGUGUUGCAAAAAGAUGCGGCUGCCAUCCAAGCCAUACUCCACUCUUCCUAUCUUUUCACUGGGACCUUCUGCUCUGCAAAGAGGGGAAAGUAGUACGAGGUCAGAUAAACCCUCCACUGCUCAUCAUCGGCCACUUCGGAGCAUUGCCAGGUUCUCCUCAAAAUCUAAGUCUAUGGACAAAUCCGAUGAAGAACUCCAGUUUCCCAAAGAGUUGAUGGAGGACUGGAGCACCAUGGAGGUGUGUGUGGACUGCAAGAAGUUCAUUUCGGAAAUCAUCAGUUCAAGCCGGCGCAGUCUGGUGUUGGCCAACAAAAGGGCCCGUUUGAAAAGGAAAACGCAGUCUUUCUACAUGUCCUCGCCAGGCCCCUCGGAGUACUGCCCUUCGGAGAGGACGAUCAGUGAGAUCUGAGCCUCGUGCCUUUCAGCUGCCUUUGUGCUCAGAGUCAGUGUCCGUGCGCAAGAACACUGAGCCGGGCUGGCUCUCCUUUCUGUGGUUUUAUUUAAUAGGCUUGAAUUUGCAUUAGAUCAGAUUUUUGCUGCAUCACAUUAUUCCACAGACUGAAUGCUGUGUUCAUAUCGAUUGACGAUAUGUGACAGGUCCGCCAAUUGCUUGUUUGCACUGAGAGAGAACAGUUUGAAACUUGCUUUUGUGUGUGUGUGUGUGUGGCUUUGGAAGCCAGUAACUCCUUCCUUGGUUCAGUUCUUUACUAUUCCUCGAAUAAUCUCCUGACUAAGGCAAAAAGAAGCUUCUCCUGUGAGAACCAGUCUAACAGAGAUGCCGAUGUCAGCACAGCCCUAAGCAGUAAGUCAUAUUGGCAUUUCCAUGUGACUGUGUUUCUAUCCCGUGUACAGAGAGAUCUAGAGCCCUACAACGCCAGGACCUGGGGGCUCACAGCACAGAACCUAGAAGCACCUGCUGACACUUUCCAACGGAUUUUUGAAUUACUGUUGCUUGGAGAUGAAAAUUACAUAAGGGACUUUAUGCCUGCAUUCUAGUGCAAAACAUCUGAAGAGCUGUACACCCUCAAGGGUGACUAUUUCCCCUGAGUGGCCGUGUUGUCCCAGUGCCCUGGAUCAGUAUCUCCUGAGUGGGCGACAGGUCUUCAUUUCCUAUCUUGAAUGUAUUAUGGUUACUAAUAGUUUUAUAAUGGCGGUCUAAGAAUUAAAGUUUUAUGGGAGUUUCAGGACAAA